CACUUCCUGUGUGGGGUUCAGACACUUGCCUCCCUGCCUGCUUCUGGUGCCUUCUUCAGAAAUGAAGUAAUGAGCCAGCCGUGUCCGCCAUCUUAGUUGAGAGAGCAUUCUAAGAGGAUGCGGUGGAACGCUUUCUGGAGCAUCCUGGGCCUCAGCCUCCUAGCAGUUGGCACUUGCCAGGAAGAAGCUGAGCACAGGGAGUAUGAAGUCUCCAUCUCAGGAACCAGUGUAGAGCUGACGUGCCCUCUAGAGAUUGAAGGCAACUUAAAGUGGGAGAAAAAUGACAAAGUCCUGCCUGAUAAGAAUGAGAAACACCUGGUGCUAAAGGAUUUCUCGGAAGCCAAGGACAGUGGUUACUAUGUCUGCUACACAGAAAGCUCAAAGAAAGACAUGUACCUGUACCUGAAAGCCAGAGUGUGCGAGAACUGCAUGGAGGUGGACCUGACAGCAGUAUCCAUAAUCAUCGUUGUUGACAUCUGCAUCACUCUGGGCUUGCUGAUGGUCGUUUAUUACUGGAGCAAGAAAAGGAAGGCCAAGGCCAAGCCUGUGACCCGAGGAACUGGUACUGGUGGCAGGCCCAGAGGGCAAAACAAGGAGCGGCCGCCACCUGUUCCCAACCCAGACUAUGAGCCCAUCCGCAAAGGCCAACGGGACCUGUAUUCUGGCCUGAAUCAGAGAGCAGUCUGACAGAUAGGAGGGACACUGCCUUCUGUGGACCCAUGCUAUUCCUUGUUCUCUGGACAAGCGGCAGAGUCCACAGCCUUAUUCUUCAGCCUCCUGGUGAACACGCAUCCUAGAACCUUCCUCUCCCACUUCCUUUGCUAGAAGCCAGUACUGGGACAUUGCUGACUCAAUAUCCUUUGAAAUAUCAUGACUGGUCAGAUUGUCAGCCAGCCACCUUGUGGGGAUACUUUUCUCAGUUGCCCUGCUGCCAUUCCCUGCCAGCUCCCCCCUUCUUCACCAAUGUCAUCUCUGCCUUCAAUCCCUUCCCUCUCCUAAUGGGCCCUCAUAGCCAGCACUUUCCUAUAGCUUUCUGUUUUUCUACCUCUGUAUUUUACGCCCUUCUCUGGGGAUGGAUUUGGUGAUCAUUGGCAUAGGUCCUGCCCCAUUCAUAGAUCCUGACCCAGCCCCUGCCACAGGCCCCUUUCCAGGCUUCACCUUAGGUCCUUGGAUAGUCAUCUUCAUAUCCAUCAAUAUACCAAGCUCUUCUCUGCUAAUGCAAAAGCAAUAAAGUAUGUUGGUUGGAAAA